AUGGAGGAGGGGUUAGGAUUGUGUGACCCAUCCAAAGGUCAGAUCAAGAAGCCUUAUGGUUCAUCUGGUACAUUAUAUACACCCCAAUUUCCGAUCCCAUACCCAGAUGACACCACCUGUAUUUGGACAAUCACUGCUCCAUUUGGGAAAAGAGUUAAAUUGAUGUUUGAGAAAUUCAGUCUCCCCCAAGCCCCUUAUUUCCUUGAAGAGCCGCAUGCUGAUGGUGAAUAUUGUGGUUAUGAUGAAUCCAUGGGUGCAGAUCUUGUGGAGAUACGGGAUGGUCCAUGGCCUGACAGCAGACUACUUGGCAUUUAUUGUGGCUACAAGAUGCCUUUUGAUGUCUAUUCCACUGGGCGCUACUUGUGGGUUAAGUUUCGUUCCAUUUCUGAUGGCAAGACGAGUCGUGGUAUCAAAGCUCCUUUUGAAGCUGUAGACCCCAUUGUCAGCGAGGAGCGGUGCUUACCUGGAAACUCCAAAAAUGUAAAUCUGAAACUGACUGGAUUAGAAGGAACGCUGCAAAGUCCUCUGAAGUACUAUCCACUCAAUAUGAAUUGUGAUUGGCUAAUCACUGUGCCAGAUGAUAGCUUUGUGAAACUCAGUUUUGAGAGAUUCGACUUGGGCUUAGGUGGUUGCAAUGGUGAGGAUUUAAGGGAUUAUGUGGAGGUUCUGGAUAGCAAAGAACUUGACAGCGAAAGCAAAGGAAAAUUUUGUGAUCGGACAAUUCCACCUAUUAUUCGGUCGAGUGGUCGACAUAUGAGAGUGGUUUUUAGAUCCGACGGAUCUGGACCAUUUUACACUGGAUUUAAAGCUGCGUUCACAGCUGUCGAGAAAAAGAAUAACACUGUACAGUUGCAUUUGACCAUCGCGGUCGUCGUUCUCAGUGUGAUUCUUCUCAUGGUAGUUGCCUGCUUACUCGUGCAACGUUUAAAGCGAAAAAAAAAGCCUCGCAAUGAAGCCGCCAGAGGUACAGUUCAUAUGUCAACAGUCGCAAGGUCAGAUUCUGCAACUGAACUCGCGGGAGUGACCGAGCACUCUCCUCCCUCUACCCCUCGCGUUCCUGUUGCCCCAUCAGCAAACUCUCCCAGACCCCGACCAGUUGGUUAUACUCCGGUGCCGACAGCCCCAAAUCUUCCACCCUCAGAAGGCUCAAAUUUGGUAGAUCUACCGCCAGCGUACCCUACAGAAGAACAGAUUCCGCAGUAUCCGCCCUCAGGGGAAUCAUAUCCAUGGCAACAGACUCAAGCGUCGGCAGACCGCGAGAGUACAUUUUGAACGCUUCCCUUUGUUGUUAGAAACGAACAACGCUUUUAGGAUCGUUACUCAAACAUAUUUCAAUUCCGAGCAUACGAUCGAUUUCUGUGUAGUCAAAGUCUUCAUGGUAUUGUUAGAAACCAAGAAAAAGUUUCUCAAGCGUACGAAACGUCCGUGAGUAAGAAACGAUUACAUACCAAACGAACAACCCUGCAUUUUGUUGUUGGAAACGAACAACGUUUCCCUUUGUUGUUAGGAACGAACAACGCUUUAAGAAUCUUCAUGGUGUCGUCGGAAACAAAGAGCGCUUUAGUGAUAAAAAUUUCUCAACGUUAUUGCCUAUUAGCAGUCUGAAAUUCAGAUCUUUUUAAUAUUUGUUUCUUCGGGCGACUUGGCUCUUUUUUUCGGGCGACAUGACUGAAGUUUCGGGCAACAUGACUCAGGUUUCGGGCGACUUUACUUUAAACCUCUGCAGUUAUCACA